UGGUGUGAGGGUCCUUAAGAUGAGUUUAGUAACAUGGAUUAAUAAGUGACAAUUGAAAAAACUAAAAAAAAGUGGCCAGAAAAAGUUAUCUGAAUUUUAGAAUCCGAUGGCACAGUAUCCUGCUAACCUCAUCUCUGUUGAAGGUUCUUUUUCUGCACAUAGCAAGGAACUAGCUAGCACCAUAAGGUGGACAGUAGUAGAAUUGGGAAUUCAAAAUCAAUGUACAUCUUUGGGGAGAAAAUUCCAUGAAUAGAAGUUGACUAUAUAGUGUUGGAGAUGCCAAAUUCUUUUGGGAAUUCUUGUGACUAAUCUGCUGAUGUAUGCUUUUACCCUUUUCUAAAUGCAAUAUAAUACAUAAUGAUGAGAUGCCCAAUGGAUGGCCACUGGGUCUUGGGUUUUUGAAUAUAAAGCUUAGAGUUACAGAGGCACCCGCAGCUGCACCGGUGGAGCCUUUCUCAUCGACGCAGAUGCCAUCCACCAGCUUCUCCUCAUUCUCAUCCUCUAACCUUGAUACUGAGCAGUCAACAGCAUCUUUCUUCCAAGACAAGAGUGUAUCCCUUGGGCGUCUUAUAGGAAUAAGAGGAGGGGAGAGAGGACGAUUGUACUUGCCAAACACGCUGAGGUUUGAAGACACUACUGAGAAGAAAACAUUAGGAGAUGCUUCUUGUUCUGAUUCAUCUAACUCAAAGGUACAAGAAGUGGAUGUGUCUGGAGGCAUUUGCAUACCCACAUUACUUGAUGUCCUGCUCAGAAUCAGCACCAAAACUAAGAGAACUUCAAGGAACUAGCUACUACCUACCAUAUGACUAUGAUGCCGUCACACUAAAGAAUUUAACUAGUGAUUUUCAUCCCAUUUUUCUUGAAUGGUCCAUUUGAUCUUUCACAACUCUAUUGUAACUUAGUUAUAUUUCAGAUUAUGGGGAUUAUACAUAAUAAUAAAAGAAUUGGGGUUGAGUGUAUUU